GUGAGACGUGCGUGCGUGUGAGACUAGUGAGUUGUGUGUGUCAGGCUGGGGCUCGCGCCUUGCGCGUGCUGCCCGGAGCCCCCAGCAGCCCGGGGCUCGGACCCAGGACCCAGCGGCCGCUCGCGGGGUCAGUGCGGGGCUGGGGAAGGGGCGCAGCCGGGCCCCGCUCGGUCCCUCCCAGCCGGCUGCCCCUUGAAGGGCGCUGCCUCUGCCUGCAGCCGGGGCUCGUCCUCCCCGCAUCGCUUGACUCCAGCUGCUCCAUCCUGAAAACUUGACUGGCCCCUUGGCGGGGCCGGGAGCCGGGCGGGGAGCUCCGCGCAGGGGCAGGCGGCUAGGGCGCCCCUAGUCUCGGAAGGGACGUGGUUUUCUCCCCAGAACUCCCAGCACAAUCCCCGCGGGGCUGAGGGGAAGGCGGAGCCGGCAGCUGUCCCUCGGGGGGUGGGGAGGGGUCGGGAGCUGUCCCUCCAGCACCCCCGGGGGGGUCAGUAGCGCUCCCUCCAGCACCCCGGGGGGGGGGGGCACCCUGUGCCGGGAGCUGUCCCUCCAGCACCCCGGGGGGGCACCCUGUGCCGGGAGCUGUUCCUCCAGCACCCCCGAGGGAGGGGGAGGGGGAGACCCUGUGCCGGGAGCUGUCCGGUCCCUCCAGCACCCCGGGGGGCCCUGCGCCUUUCCUCUGCCGCUGUUGUCCUCUCCCCCCGCCCCCCGCGCUGGCUGUGGGUGGGACCGGGGCGAGCUCCCGGAGGGGCUGGGAGCGGGUCCAUCUCCGAGCGGUGCCUCCUUCCCCAGCCCCCCGAGAGGAGCUAUUUUUGCAGCCCUCCCGCCCCCGACACACGCACCCCCCAAUCUCCACCUCUCUCCUGCUGCCUCUGCCUUGAUCGCGCCAGUGCAGCCGCGCCGCGGGGAGGGGGCAGCCGAGCGGCUCCCGAGCCGGGCUCCGACCCACGGGCACCGGGCCGGGGACAGCGAUGCGCGCCCGGAGCCCGGCUGCAGCUCGCCAGGCGGAGAGGAGCCCGCGCCGCCAGCCCUGCCCCUCGCAUCCCCUAGGGCUGGGGCCGGCUCCAGCGGCGCUGGCCUGAGCCGGGCGGGCGAGCAGCGCCCCGCCGCCCCUUCCCCGCGCCCGCGGCCGGCGGACGAUGAAGCAGCAUGAGGAUGUGUGACCGAGGCGUCCAGAUGCUGAUCACCACCGUGGGCGCCUUCGCAGCCUUCAGUCUCAUGACCAUCGCGGUGGGCACGGACUACUGGCUGUACUCCCGCGGCGUGUGCAGGACUAAGGCCACGAGUGACAAUGAGACCAGCCGGAAGAACGAGGAGGUGAUGACCCACUCGGGCUUGUGGAGAACGUGCUGCCUGGAAGGAACAUUCCGAGGAGUGUGUAAAAAAAUCGAUCAUUUCCCGGAAGAUGCGGAUUAUGAGCAAGACACGUCCGAGUACCUCCUACGUGCUGUGAGAGCAUCCAGCAUCUUCCCCAUCCUGAGCGUGGCCUUGUUGUUCUUUGGGGGCCUGUGUGUGGCCGCUAGCGAAUUCUACAAGAGCAAACACAACGUGAUUCUCAGCGCUGGGAUCUUCUUUGUCUCUGCAGGUCUCAGUAACAUAAUCGGGAUUAUAGUCUAUAUCUCGGCGAACGCUGGGGACCCAGGGCAGAGCGACUCCAAGAAGAGCUACUCGUACGGCUGGUCCUUUUACUUUGGCGCCUUGUCCUUCAUCAUCGCCGAGAUGGUGGGGGUGAUCGCUGUGCACAUGUACAUCGAGAAGCACCGCCAGAUCCGUGCCAAGUCCCACUCUGAGCUCCUGAAGAAGUCGGCCUUUUCUCGCCUUCCCACCUACCGGUACCGGUUCCGCAGGCGAUCCAGCUCCCGCUCCACGGAGCCCAGGUCCAGGGAUCUGUCUCCUGUCAGCAAAGGGUUCAGCACCAUCCCCUCCACCGACAUCUCCAUGUUCACCCUCUCCAGGGAUCCUUCCAAGGUGACCAUGGGGACGCUGCUCAACUCGGAGCGGGAUCACACUUUUUUACAGAUCCAUAAUUCCAUUCCCAAAGAGUUCAAGGAGUCAUUGCACAACAACCCAGCCAACAGACGAACCACACCGGUCUGAGCCAACUCCUCCCCACGCCGCUCAGGCGCUGUGCCAGCCAGGGAAGUAGGGAGAGGCGUUUUGUCUGGCUGCAUGACAUGAUCCUUGUGAUGGUGUUAUCAGUGAAGCUCCGUUUUUAAAGAACAACCCUAAAUGGCUCCCCACCCCACCCCACCCUUUAAAUGCCACUUACCAGGCCAGGCCACUGUGUUUAUGGUUGAACGGUGUUUGGGCCCCAGAAUCCAGCCCCUUUUCCUUCUGUGGUUGGAAAGGGGCAUCGGCUUUGCUGUGACUUCCUGGGACCAAGGCCCCUGAGGACUGGCAGGAUGGUUUCGAGUGGCCUCUGGGACAGUGACUUCUCAAAGUCACCAUUGUUCAUGUUGAUCAUAACAAUCACGGUGUUACCUUCGCUGUAUGUCCCAAUGGCAACAUUGGAGACAGCCUUGUUUGUGAGAACCAUUAACCCGAUAGUUACAUUUAUGCGAAAUUGCCUAGAAGUUCAGGGUACGAAGCACUGAGUCGGCUAACGUAAUGAGCGUUCAUGUGGCUCAAACAUUUUGCCUUGUUGUAAUGGAUGGAGCGCUUGGGUCUGGGUUUCUUUCUGGCAUUUCGUGCAUGCAUUAAAUAGCUUGGAAUCCAAUUUCUUCAUGUUGGGUUGGAAGAAACAUCCUUUCAGUAAUUUUCUGUGGUUUUGGAAGGGCUUUUGGGGGUGUGUGUAAGGGGGCAGAGUGCAUUCCAUUCAGAUCAUGUAAAUGAACUAAGAAGUAGAUUCCCUCCAAUGACUAGUAGCAACUAGACUGCAUUUGAUUACCCGCUGAUGUUAAACUGAAAGAAAUAGCUCCCUGAAAUUAACACACACACGCACAAGUGAAUGUGUGGGCACAAUUAAGGAGGGGAUGUUUGGCCUAGUCUUAUUUUAGAAGCUGGGUUUGCAUCGGAGCCUCUGGCAGUGAUCUGCGUGUCACUGGUGUAUGAGUCUGUAAUGAAGAAUGUCUCAAUUGACUGGGAGAUUAAAGAGAAAAGUAACAAUAAAAGUUUGGCGAAUCAGUUA